GCUUGACAUUUUGAAGCUGCUCCUCCGGGGUGUUUGAACAGGAAGGCGGACAUGUUGGCCGAGCUGUGUGAGAAAAUUGUGCACAGUAUGCGAUUGUUUUCCGAAAACUAACACACAUAUUACGUGAUUCCUAUUUAUAUUCAGUGUGAGAGCUCUUGCAGUUCGGACGGGGGGGAAACAGCCGCCACUCUUUGACAGCUGAGGGGGACCUAGCGGAAGGACUGCCGUUGAAAACGUUAUAGCGACUCCGUGUUUAAACUUCGAAAUUUGGAAGAAGCAGAAGUUUUUCCACCACCACUUCUACUUUUGAGCUGUCAGAUUGUGGCUUUCUGCAGGGGCCUGGUACAGCUAUGGGAGCACGCCUGGAUUAGUCUUCCCUCUGUUUAUUUUUGAACAUUGCAUUUACUUAUAAUUGCCUUUUGUUUGGAACGUUUUAAGCCCUUAUCCUCAGCGGCAUCCUACGGAGGUUGUCUAAUCUGUUGCCGCAUUUAUCUUUGCCACUGAAGUUGUUUGCCACUUGUACUGAGAGGGGGGCACCUUCCCCGACUUGGAAAAUGUGGAGUGGUAGGUGCCACCUUAACGCCUUGAUUGUCUGUGGAAGCUGUGGGACAACGAUGCAUUUUCUUUGAGGUGCGGUGUAAAGUUCACACGAAGAAAGGGACGUUUGGCUGGCUAGCUACCACUGGCUAACGCUAGCUAGCUAGCCAGCUUUCUUGCCUCGCCAGUGAGCUGUUUUUAUUCAUAACCCACCCUCGGGACUGUACUUGACAGCAAAGAUGAGCGCAGGAGACGCCAUGGCGGCUCGGUUUGAGAAAAUCGAUGCCAUGUUACAAGACCCCAAGUCGGAAAUAAACACGGAUUGUCUACUGGACGGCUUGGACGCGCUGGUAUAYGACCUCGACUUCCCUGCCCUUAGGAAAAACAAGAGCAUUGACAACUUCUUGAAUAGAUAUAAAAAAACAAUUAGUAAAAUCCGUGAUCUACGAAUGAAAGCAGAGGACUAUGAGGUGGUUAAAGUUAUUGGAAGAGGUGCAUUUGGAGAGGUUCAGUUGGUAAGACACAAAUCCACAUGUAAAGUAUACGCCAUGAAGCUGCUGAGCAAGUUUGAGAUGAUCAAAAGGUCAGACUCUGCUUUCUUCUGGGAAGAGAGAGACAUCAUGGCUUUUGCCAAUAGUCCAUGGGUUGUGCAGCUCUUUUUCGCAUUCCAAGAUGACCGCUACCUCUACAUGGUGAUGGAAUACAUGCCUGGCGGGGAUCUGGUUAACUUGAUGAGCAACUAUGACGUCCCAGAGAAGUGGGCCCGCUUUUACACAGCGGAGGUGGUGUUAGCGCUGGACGGGAUCCACUCCAUGGGCUUCAUUCACAGAGAUGUAAAACCUGAUAACAUGUUGCUCGACAAAGCAGGUCACUUAAAACUUGCGGACUUUGGAACGUGCAUGAAGAUGAAUGAGGAUGGGAUGGUACAAUGUGACACAGCAGUUGGAACUCCAGACUAUAUUUCGCCUGAGGUACUGAAAUCCCAAGGAGGAAAUGGCAACUAUGGCAGAGAGUGUGACUGGUGGUCAGUAGGAGUGUUUCUCUAUGAGAUGCUUGUUGGCGAUACGCCUUUCUACGCAGACUCGUUGGUGGGGACUUACAGUAAAAUCAUGAACCACAAGAAUGCCCUGACCUUCCCAGAUGACAGUGACAUUUCCAACGAUGCCAAAAAUCUCAUCUGUGCUUUCUUGACUGACAGGGAAGUUCGGCUCGGCCGUAAUGGAGUGGAUGAGAUCAAGAGGCACCCUUUCUUCAAAAACGACCAGUGGACAUGGGACAACAUCCGAGAGACCGCUGCCCCUGUGGUGCCUGAACUCAGCAGUGACGUAGACACCAGUAAUUUUGAUGACAUCGAGGAAGACCGGGGAGAGGAGGAGACCUUUCCCAUACCGAAGGCCUUUGUGGGCAAUCAGCUCCCUUUUGUCGGCUUCACGUAUUAYAGCAAUCAACAUCCUUUGCGUGGAUCUGCUGCCUCAAAGACCAGCGACAAACGUAGCAGUUCAACAAAAGAGGACAAGAGUCAUCUGGAGAACCUGCAAAAACAGAUCUACCAAUUAGAGGAGCAACUCCAUGGAGAAAUGCAACAAAAAGAUGAGCUGGAACAGAAAUGCAGGGCAUCAAACACCAAGAUUGAGAAGAUUAUGAAGGAGUUGGAUGAAGAGGCGAACCUGAGGAAGAGUGCAGAAGCCAGCGUGUCUCUGCUGGAGAAAGACAAGAUUAUGCUGCAGCACAGAUUCACCGAGUACCAAAGAAAAGCUGACCAGGAGGGAGAAAAGAGGCGCAACUUAGAGAAUGAAGUGUCGAAUUUAAAGGAGCAGCUUGAAGAUAUGAGGAAGAUCAGUCAGAACUCACAGGCCUCAAAUGACAAGAUUGUCCAGUUGCAGAAGCAGCUGGAGGAGGCGAACGACCUGUUGCGAGCUGAGUCGGACACGGCGGCGAGACUGAGGAAGAGCCACACGGAGAUGACGAAGUCGAUGAGCCAACUGGAGACUUUGAACCGUGAGCUGCAGGAGAGGAGYCGGGCCGCCGACGGAGAGAAGGCGCAGCUGGAGAAGGAGCUGCUGCUGCUUCAGAGCACGCUGGAGUCGGAGCGAAGAAACUACAGCGAGGGAUCAGAGGAGAUGAGGGAACUGCAAGCGAGAUUGGCCGGACUGCAAGAAGACAACAGAAACUUGAAAAUCAAUCUUUCCAAAGUGGAGGGAGAACGCAAGCAAGCCCAGGAACGGAGCAACUACCUGGAGAAGGAAAAGAACAGUUUGGAGAUAGACCUGAACUACAAGCUGAAGACCYUGCAGCAGCGUCUGGAGCAGGAACAAACCGAGCACAGAGUGACGCGGGCGCAGCUCACAGACAAAUACGAAUCUAUUGAAGAAGCCAAAUCAGCUGCUAUGAUUGCCGUUCAGCAGAAGAUGUCAGAAGAGACUGGAGCAAGGUCAAGAGCAGAGGGCCGUGUGGUGGAGGUCGAGAAGCAGUGCUCGAUGUUGGAGUUCGACCUGAAGCAGUCCGUGCAGAAAAUGGAGCAGCUGAUGAAGCAAAAGGAGAGACUGGAAGAUGAGGUUAGUAAAUGRCUGAUAUACAUGGGAGUUUUCAUAUUUGGGAGUUGUUUUGACAGACAGUACAGAGGCAACGAAGGACAGAUGAGGGAACUUCAGGACCAGCUUGAAGCCGAACAGUAUUUUUCUACACUUUACAAAACUCAGGUUAGGGAGCUGAAAGAGGAGAUUGAGGAACGGAACCGUCAGGUACAAGACGCUCAGAAGAAGGUUCAUGAUUUGAUAAGCGAAAGAGAAUCGCUGUCUGCUCAGCUGGAUCUSACGGUGACCAAGGCCGAGUCUGAGCAGCUCGCUCGGGCUCUGCAGGAAGAGCAGUACUUUGAGCUCACCCAGGAGAGCAAGAAGGCAACGGCUCGGCACAAGCAGGAGAUCGGUGAACGAGAGGCCACUAUUGCACAGCUUGAGGAAUCCAAUAAAACUUUGACCAAAGACGUGGAGCACCUCAGCAAAGACAAUACGGAGUUGAGUGAGAAGCUUCGUCUUCAGGAGGAAGAAUACCUCUCUCAGAAGGAAGAUAUCAUGGCUUCAGUCAAAGCCAACUACGAGAAGGUGCUCCAAACCGAGCGCACACUGAAGACUCAGGCGGUGAACAAGCUGGCUGAGAUCAUGAAUCGUAAAGACAUGAAGCUUGACCAGAAGAAGAAAGGUAGCACCGCAGAACUGCGCAAGAAGGAGAAAGAGAACCGCAAGCUUCAGCAGGAGCUCAAUCAGGAGAAAGAGAAGUUUAACCACAUGGCCAUCAAGUACCAGAAGGAGGUCAACGAGAUGCAGGCGCAACUCGCAGAGGAAUCCACGUAUCGCAACGAGCUGCAGAUGCAGCUGGCCAGCAAAGAGAGUGACAUCGAGCAGCUGCGCGAGAAGCUGAGCGACUUGCAGCAGCGUGUGGAGAAUUCCAGCAUCACCAGCCUGCAGACGGAUGAAACAGACAGUAACACUGCAGAAUCCAGACUGGAGGGUUGGUUGUCCAUUCCUAAUCGUGCUAAUAUCAAGCGAUAUGGAUGGAAGAAACAGUAUGUUGUGGUGAGCAGUAAGAAGAUUCUGUUCUACAAUGAUGAGCAAGAUAAAGAACAGUCCAACCCCUCCAUGGUACUUGAUAUAGACAAACUGUUUCACGUGAGACCAGUCACUCAAGGAGACGUGUACCGAGCCGAAACGGAAGAGAUUCCUCGGAUAUUCCAGAUUCUGUACGCCAACGAGGGAGAGUGCAGGAAGGAGGCGGACAUGGAGCCGGUCCCUCAGGGCGAGAAGACCAACUGUCUCGCGCACAAGGGUCACGAGUUCAUCCCCACACUAUAUCACUUCCCCUCCAACUGUGAGGCCUGCGCCAAGCCCCUGUGGCACGUGUUCAAGCCUCCUCCGGCUCUGGAGUGCCGCCGCUGCCAUGUGAAGUGCCACAGGGACCACCUCGACAAAAAGGAGGACGUCAUCGCUCCUUGCAAAGUGAACUACGACGUGACCUCUGCCCGGGACAUGCUGUUACUGGCUGUGACCCAAGAGGACCAAAAGAAAUGGAUUGGCCACCUGGGAAAGAAGAUUCCUAAGACCCCCCCAUCAACGUUUUCUAGAGUCUCGCCUCGUAGCAUGUCCACUCGCUCUGGACCCAACCAGUCCUUCCGCAAAAACCCUAAAAGCAAUACGGCAAAGCUGAGCAGAGCGCAGUCCAGCCUCCAUGCAGCAGACACAACAUCAAGCACUUGUUGACAGGAACUUCUUCAGAGAGUGUUGAUGUUGUAUUUUAGAUGUUUCCUCCUGACCUUCAAAUCUUUUUUAUUUAUUAAUUGCGCUCCUGGAUCUUUUUUUUUAAAAUGAGACUUCCUGGUUGUUGGUUGUUUUCUUUCCUCCUGGGAUCUGUGCAGUUUUACUCUUGGGAUUUGUUUGUUUGUUGUUUUUUUUUCUAAUUGACGCCAAGGUGGUUUGGGAUUCGUGAACUAACUACAUACUUUGCAACUCUCAUUAGAAUUGUCCAUAUUAGGUUGUUUUUCUGUCAAACAUGAGCCAGAUUUGAGCUAUUAAYAGUUACAUUAUCUGUUCGACUGAAUACUAACAAAUAUAAAGAUAAAUAGUUUUUUUACUGGUGUUUCUUCUGUC